AUGGCCGCCCUCCGCGUGUCGGGGGCCGCCGAGCCCCUCCUGCGCCCGGCCGCCGGGGGACACCCCAGGCUCCGCGUGCGGACCCAUGCGCAGGGCGAGGGCGGCGCCGGGCGUGGCGCCUCGACGGAGGGGGACGCUGCCUUCUCGUGGGCACCCGUCAUCCUCCCGUUCUUCUUCCCUGCGUUGGGCGGUCUCCUUUUCGGCUAUGACAUUGGCGCAACCUCUGGAGCGACCAUCUCUGUGCAAUCUCCUGAUCUCAGUGGCACCGAUUGGUUCAGCUUGUCAUCUUUGCAACUAGGGCUUGUGGCCAGCAGUUCACUUUAUGGUGCUCUUGGUGGAUCUCUUCUUGCAUACCGCAUUGCAGAUUUUCUAGGAAGGAGAAUAGAAUUGGUCACCGCAGCUGCAUUAUAUAUUCUUGGUGCUUUAGUCACUGGAUUUGCCCCUAAUUUUGUAGCGCUAAUCAUAGGUCGUGUCUUGUAUGGGAUUGGUAUUGGUUUGGCAAUGCAUGGUGCCCCUCUUUAUAUUGCGGAGACUUCUCCUUCACAAAUACGUGGAACAUUGAUAUCUUUGAAGGAGCUGUUUAUUGUGUUAGGAAUACUGUUAGGAUACUCUGUAGGAAGUCUUGAAAUUGACAAUGUAGGAGGAUGGCGGUACAUGUUUGGUUUUAGUGCUCCGCUUGCAGCUAUUAUGGCUAUUGGUAUGUGGACUUUACCAUCUUCACCAAGAUGGCUACUUCUCAGGGCAGUUCAAGGAAAGGCUUCUAUGGAGGAUAAUAAAAAGAAGGCAAUUCAAGCCCUUAGAACAUUGAGGGGCCGCUCAACAAGUGAAAAGGUUUUGACAGAUGAUGUUGAAGAUACAAUUGUCUCUAUUAAGGCUGCCUACGCAGGACAGGAAGCCGAAGGAAACGUUUGGGAGGUAUUUGAGGGAGCUAGCUUGAAGGCCUUCACUAUUGGCGGAGGUCUGGUUCUGUUUCAGCAGAUAACAGGUCAACCAAGUGUUCUAUAUUAUGCAGCUUCAAUACUUCAGACUGCUGGGUUCUCAGCUGCAUCAGAUGCUGCCAAAGUAGCAAUUUUGAUUGGGUUGUUCAAGUUGCUAAUGACAGGCGUUGCGGUAUUCAAAGUCGACGAUGUUGGAAGGCGCCCAUUAUUGAUAGGAGGUGUUGGUGGAAUUGCUUUGUCACUCUUCCUACUGGCAGCUUACUACAAAAUUCUGAACGGCUUCCCCUUCGUUGCUGUUGGCGCAUUACUUCUUUAUGUCGGUGCUUACCAGGUCUCAUUUGGUCCAAUUAGUUGGCUAAUGGUGUCUGAAAUCUUUCCACUCCGAACAAGAGGGCGUGGAAUCAGCCUUGCAGUACUAACAAAUUUCGGCUCAAACGCUUUGGUGACAUUUGCAUUUUCACCCUUGAAGGAGUUCCUUGGGCCAGCCAAUAUAUUUUUCCUGUUUGGCGUCAUAGCAGUGCUCUCCCUGGUGUUUGUGAUCCUCGUUGUUCCCGAGACCAAAGGACUGAGCCUGGAGGAGAUCGAGUCUAAGAUCCUGAAGUAA